AUGCGUCAAUUGUCCCAUCACGAACAAAAACUUCUCAAGAAGGUCGACUUCUUGCAGUGGAAGUCGACUGAGAACGUGCGCGAGGUCAAGGUCAUGCGUAGAUACCACAUCCAGAAGCGCGAGGACUAUAUCAAAUACAACAAACUCUGUGGAAGCAUCAAAUCUCUCGCCAACAAAAUCUCACUUCUCCCUCCUCAGGAUCCCUUCCGUUCCAAGCAGGAGGAAGUAUUGCUGGAAAAGUUGUACAACAUGGGCAUCAUCACCGCCCAGAAGCAGUUCUCGCAGGUCGACAAGAUCACCGUCUCGGCAUUCUGUCGUCGUAGACUCCCCAUUGUGAUGUGCCGUUUGAAGAUGGCCGAGACUGUCAAAGAGGCUGUCACUUUUGUUGAGCAGGGGCAUAUCCGUGUCGGACCAGAGACUGUCAGUGAUCCAGCAUACUUGGUGACCCGCAACAUGGAAGACUUUGUCACCUGGGUCGAUACUUCCAAGAUCAAGAGAAAGAUCAUGAAGUACAACGACAAGUUGGACGAUUUCGAUCUUUUGUAA